AUGGACAACGACAACACCAUGAAGGACUUUACUUCCAACCCCGGCUCAAGCAGCAGUGCUCAUACUUCCUCCACUAACCCUGAUGAAAAGAAAGAGGCCCUUCGUCCCGUCGCCAAAGGCGAGUACCAGCUAGAGGUCCUCAAGAUUGCUGAACGCACCUAUCCAAAGGAGCUUCCCGCUGCCGAGAACACGAUGCUAAUCCACCACAUCCGUGUCUCUGGCGCCUACACCGAUGCCCGCGAUCAGUUCGCGGCCAUGUCUCAGCCAACUGCUCUCGGUUGGUCUGAAGUCCACUGCCUGUACAAGUACCUUCUGGCUUUCCAGCUCAGCCACCCUGAUACCAAGAAAGGGGGUCACCUCACCAAGUACUGGGAUCUUCACUACUUCUUGACUGCUGUGUUCUACAACUGGGAUACUGGAAAAGAGAUCAAGCCCCAGCCUGUCCUUCCUGAGCAAGUCUUCGACGACUAUGCUAAAGACGUCGGCCUGCUCAUCCGUGACCUGGACCCCAUCAUCAAAAAAGAUGGAUCCCUUGAUGCCUCCGGACGCUGCAUGUGGGACCAAGCCUAUUUGGCUUUCAAGGUCAACCAGGAAACCCUGGAGUGGCAUGUCUCUUGGAUGGAUUGUAAUGGCAACUCUUUGAAGCGGGAGGACAUUCAACUCUACGACAAGUACAACAACAACUACCAAGAGCUUGCUAUCCACGCCGCUCGCCAGAAGGUCAUGGAGUUCCACGAGAAUGGCUUCAAGAUGUACAUGAAGCUCCCCAGCCACGAAGACAUCGACAUCAAGAAUUGCUGGCUCGUCAAGCACUACUUGCCCAACUUGGCCGAGUCCGUGGAUCAUGAGCUCGACUAUUGA